UUUUCAUGUGUGUUCAUCCAUGUCUCCAAAAAGUCCACGUUUUAGGCAGCGAACGCGCCACUCGGGAAAACUUUGCUGAAAAUGCAUCACAUUUUUUUCUUUCUUUUUUUUUUACAUUGCUGGCUGUUCGUAGCAAAAUAAUUUUUAUCCGGUCGAACAUGGAGUAUGCUUAACCUGCUGUCUGACAUAAUGCGCACUGCGUGAAAUCACAGAAACUUGAGGUUGUCUGAAAUUCCGCUGGAACUUGGUGUUGCAAACGCAGUUGGACACCCAGGAUGGGAUGAACAUCAUGGCUGUCUCGUCCUCCUGCUCCAAUCUCCUGCUCUUUCUCCUAAUUUCCUCCCUGGAUUGGCUGUCCACUCCAGGAUCAGCAUUUAUGAUGGGCCGGGACCACAUGACAUCAUCAGCUCCCCUUGAACCUCAUUUCACUGAAUGCAUAUCGAGGGACCAGGAGACAUUCCGAUGUUGGUGGAGUCCAGGCAGCUUCAACAACCUGUCCUCCCCUGGAGCACUCAGAGUCUUCUACAUUAAGAAAGACUCACCCAGCAGUGAAUGGAAAGAGUGUCCAGAGUAUAUCCAUUCAAACAGGGAGUGCUUCUUUGACGUAAACCACACAUCUGUUUGGAUCCCCUACUGCAUGCAGCUCCGCAGCCUAAACAACAUCACUUACUUCAAUGAGGAUGACUGUUUCACUGUGGAGAAUAUCGUGCGUCCUGACCCACCAGUGUCUUUAAACUGGACCCUGCUGAAUAUAAGUCCCUCUGGACUAAGUUUUGAUGUUAUGGUCAACUGGGAGCCCCCACCCUCUGCAGACGUCAGUGCAGGCUGGAUGCGCAUUGAGUAUGAGAUCCAGUACAGAGAGAGAAAUACCACAAACUGGGAAGCAUUGGAGAUUCAGCCGCACACCCAGCAGACUAUCUAUGGUCUGCACAUAGGAAAAGAGUACGAAGUGCACAUCCGCUGCAGGAUGCAGGCCUUCACAAAGUUUGGAGAGUUCAGCGACUCCAUCUUCAUUCAAGUGACUGAGGUUCCUGGCAAAGAGUCUACUUUCCCGCUCAUGCUUGUUCUUGUUUUUGGGGUUGUGGGGAUCCUCAUACUCAUCAUGCUAGUUGUCGUCUCUCAGCAGCACAGAUUAAUGAUGAUUCUGUUGCCACUGGUUCCUGCGCCCAAAAUUAAAGGCAUCGAUCCAGAGCUGUUAAAGAAAGGAAAGCUGGACGAGCUCAAUUUUAUCCUAAGCGGUGGUGGUAUGGGUGGCCUACCAACAUAUGCACCAGAUUUCUACCAAGACGAGCCCUGGGUGGAGUUCGUCGAAGUGGAUGCUGAGGAUGCAGAUGCCGGAGAGAGGGAGGACAACCAGGGCUCAGACACCCAGAAGCUCCUGGGGCUGCUACAACCCGUCAGCAACCACAUGAACAUAGGAUGUGCCAAUGUCAUCAGCUUCCCCGAUGAUGACUCAGGCCGUGCCAGCUGUUAUGACCCAGAUCUGCCUGAGCAAGACACCCUAAAGAUGAUGGCCACUCUGCUUCCAGGCCAACCCGAGGACGGAGAUGCCUGUUUCGAUGUUGGAGAAAGAGCCCCGGCCCCAGUCAGUGGGGAGCGGCCCCUAGUCCAAACCCAAACUGGAGGGCCACAGACCUGGGUUAACACAGAUUUCUAUGCUCAGGUCAGCAAUGUGAUGCCCUCUGGAGGAGUGGUGCUGUCGCCUGGCCAGCAACUCAGAAUUCAGGAGAGCACCUCAGCCACAGACGGGGAAACACAAAAGAAGGGGAACGAAUGCAAGGACACGGAGGAAAAGAAGCAGAAGGAUCUGCAGUUUCAGCUGCUGGUCGUGGAUCCUGAAGGAAGCGGCUACACCACGGAGAUCAACGCCCGGCAGAUCAGCACUCCCCCUAGCUCCCCCAUGCCUGGCGAGGGGUAUCAAACCAUACACUCUCAGCCAGUGGAGACCAAACCUGCAGCCACAGCAGAGGAUAAUCAAUCACUUUACAUUCUUCCUGACUCUCCCCAGUCCCAGUUCUUUGCCCCUGUUGCAGACUACACAGUAGUACAGGAGGUGGACAGUCAACACAGUCUGCUCCUCAACCCGCCUCCCCGCCAGUCUCCCCCUCCCUGCCUGCCACAGCAACCCCUUAAGGCCUUACCAGCUAUGCCCAUAGGGUACAUCACCCCAGACCUGCUGGGUAACCUCUCACCAUGAAGUCACAAUGCCAUUAGGCCUUUAGGUGCGAGGUUGAAUGACCGGGAAGUCCCCUGUGGUCACAAAAGCCUGUUUCUACCUGAUUCCUGCUGGAAACCAAAUAACUUGCAUGGAUGAGAGAGUACAGGUGUUUGUUUUCAGAGGGUGUCAAAAGGGAGACGUGAAAAGCCACACGCUGUAUUCUUGACUCUUUUACACCCGCUCCAUCAAACGAUUUGAUGCAGAGGUGGCCAAAUGUAAACGUCACAAACCAAAUGCACAGUUUGCUCUAUUCUAAGACACACACACAUUAAUAGGCUGAGACUGUGAUCGUAGUGAGUAAAGAAGCAUUAGCUCACUGCUAAACUGCCUUGUAUCGCAUUACACCUCUGGCUAACUUGUGUUUAGAGUAAUGGCUUUGAUGAAGUCUUAAUUUUACAGAGAGGUGUCAGCGUAUGCUUGCUUGGGAGAAGACACAUUCAUGUAUUUCACACCACACUGAGAAGAAGUAAUUGCUGUUGUUGAUACCUCUUGCUGGCAGAGGUGUUUUGCCGCUCAAUUGUGGCUUAUUUUGUAUUCUUACAUUUCUUAUUGCAUCAUGUCAUCUUAUUAGUACUUCACUAGAGAUAUAUUUUUAUACAAAAAGGCAUUAGCUAAAGGAAAAAAACCCACCUAAGAUACAGUUAAAAAACACAGCUAUGCAGUUUUACCUUGCAUUCCUGGCUUCACUUUGUUUAACAGUAUGCUUUACAUAUUUUCAUGAAUAAGUGGCCCAGUGUAGAUUACAUGAUGUCAAGAUAUAUUUUCUCUACAGCCACAACAGAGUUUAAUAGAAGACAUACUUUCAACAAAGCAUACAUUAUAAAUGUACACACACAGACGAUGAGUAGUUGGAACAAAAAGAUACAGACAAAUAACACAUACUUAUAUCUCCUUCCUUCCUUGGGGGAUAUUGAAAGGCAUUCUGGGAAAUGAAGGAAAUCAUUAACUGAAGUAGAAGUGACAAAUAAAAGGGAAAUUCAUCAUAAAUGAAUUCCUGGCACGUAUUGAAUAUUAGACUGAUGAUACAUGUCCCAGCAUUACAUUUUCUUUUAACCUGUGUUUAUUUAUUUUCAUUUUAUUCUGACAUGCAUACUGACAUACAUACUGCAUCACUUUCACCGCUUAACAGAAGUUCUUGUAAUAAGAGGAAGGAUUUAUUCAGACUGUGUGUAGUGUAGUACACUGAGAACCACAAAGUGCCUUGCUCAAAGGCACGUUAAUAUAGUUAUUUAGCACAUGAGCAGGGACACAGACACACACACACACACACACAGCAGUUCAGAGAAACCGGUUAUUUGCAGCCAACUAGCACUCACUCAUAACCUGUCACUCAUACUGAAACCUUAAUGAGUAAGCUUUCUACUUGAGAGUAUUGUUCUCAUGUUACAUUGUUAUUGCAGGGACAGCAACUGGAACAAGUUGAAAGACUGUGAAAGUAUGUGAUAGCUGUAAUUAGCUAACAUUGUAUUCUUAUUAUCAGCCUGUGCCUAUGAUAGUGUCAUUGGCUCGUCAUUUCUGUGCUGAACUAUGCUCUCGUAAACAGGAUUUGUGCAUUUAUGCCUUGCUAUGUACAGGCAAGUAGCGCUACGUAUCGCUGAAUUGGUGUAAAGCCUCUCUGUGCGGGGUUCACUACAACAUGCAACAACACAGUAACAUGCAUGCUCGCACACAUUACAUGAAAAACAUUUGCCUUAAUUGACAUUUCAUUUUGAAUUCCUGACACAGUCAUAAAAUGAAUGAGCUGAGAUUGUCUCGUAAAAGUGACUGCAAUGUCCAAACCGAAAAUGAUGAUCAAGUAUGCAAUUAAGCUAGGCAAGUACUGAUAUAGUAACAAAUAAAUAGACUGUAGAUAAGCCUUAAGUGGGCAAUAUGUGUGUAAUGAAUUACUAAUUACUUUGUCCCCAUACUUUUAUUAGAAUAAAACUAAACUUCAGUCAGAAUAUGUUGCUUAAUCAAUUAUUUAGUCAGAUUAGCUAGUAGUGUAAUCUUGUCCUUGAUUCAUUGACAGUAUAAUCUUGUAAUAAUCAGUCAUGGCCUGUGUGGGUGAGAGGAUAGCAGAGGAGACCUUUUGUAAAGGUUUUAAGCUUUUCAUAUGUUUUCAUCCAAUUAAUUCUGUUAUCAAGGCUUUGACAAUAUGCAUGUGACACACACAGCAGCAUAGCAUACUGCAUAAAAGAAGCUUAGGUCAAUAGAGGUUGUGCAAGGUUUUGUGAUACAACACAAUGAAAAGUCCAUGAAUCAGUCAGAAGCAUUGUUAUUGCAUCAAGGCAGCCUCAGAUAGUCACAUCACACAAAACGUAAUUCACAAACACACCUUGCCUUUAACAGUUUUCUUUGUAUCAGACAAUCUCAUAAUGAAGAGAGACAAAGCAAGAGCCAUACAAUGACAAUGUUUAGAAAUGUGAAUAUGAUAGAUGUGUGCCAUUUCUCUCUUUCUGUCUCUCUUUUUUGAAAAAAAAAAGCUCAGUGUUUUGUCGUUGCCUAGUGCUGAUGAUACCAGCAAGUCAAUGCUGUUGCAGAAAUGUCUUAAUAUAUUUACUAGUGCUGUAAGAUUACAUAUUAUAUAUUUUUAUGUCAUUAAUGUUACUAGUAUGUAUUGCUGCUCGGUACAUGUCUUUUUCUUACAUUCAGCCUUACUAGGGUGGGAAGGGGUCAUUCAAGAGAGUGCAACAAUCACUAUUGUGUACGUGUAAAUGUUUGUGAUAAAACCUGCAAAUUGGAUGAUACUGAAAAUGUUCUGUUGCCUGGAAGAAAUGGGAGGGUAUGAUUUGGUUCAGCUAUUCGUUAUCAGUAGCAACAAUAGGACGGUUUUGCCCCAAAGUCAAGCUGCAAUACAGCGACCUUGUGAUGCUCAUCCAACAUUCACAGUGUUUACGACCAUCUAAAGAUCCCCAGAAGGCUCUGUGUGAUUAUGGACAAAGCACUGUUAAGGUUCCAUUUCAUUGGUACCACGGUGAUUGUGUAUGUGUGCAAACUGGAAUAGGCAAUGCAAUUAUGAUUUACCAUUGAGGAAAAGUUGUAGGGGAAAAAAAGGUUAAAUCAAUGAAAGUGUUUUUUUUUUCAGAGGUUACAGCAAAGGAAGAUAAAUUGAAGAUAAAUUAAAAGGUGCUUUUUUGUUCAAGCUUACUGUAUAGGUGUUUACUACAUUGUGUCUGCAUUUUUUUUACUAUUUUUUUAUUUUUUUUUGCCAGUUCACAAUGAGCUCAUUAAUGUGUAAAAGUUUGCAACUGUUAUUUCAAUCUUAUAAAUAUUUCAGACACUUUAGAGCAAGCACUUUGUACACACAUAUAUAUCUGAUGUUUAAGAUAGUAUUCAGAUUUUGUAUUUUGGACUAGAUCAAGUCUAUGAAUUGCCUGUUAUCAUAAAACAGCAUUAUGUUUUUUAUUCAGCAAAAUAAUCAGACAGUGAGGAUCCUUCAAUAUCAAUAAGCUUCAGUUUUGUUUUACAGAGUUUAUGUUUAUAGGACAUAUUUUACACUACCAGAUUGAUAGAAUUAUGUACUGUAAUGGAGUAUUUAAUGUUUGCUAUACGAUUUAUGGAUAAAUAGAGCAGAUAAAUAUAGUAUUUUAUGAAGUCAUAUCAAAAUAUAGGCAGAGUGAAAUAGUUAUACUGUAACUCUACACUCUUAAAUUUCUCCCACUAUGUGAUUACUGCAUUUCAUUAUUGAAAAGUGCAUUUGAAGAGGCUACAGUGUUUUAUAAUAAUGUAUUUUGGCCUCCAGCUUCUUGGUUUUGCGUCGGUUCAAGGGUGGCUUUUGUCGCCCUGUUAAGCCUGGAAGUAAUCUUGAGUGCCGAAAUAUGUGCUGGUUGUAUGCAACUCUUUAUCAAACAAAGAGAGUUCAGCCAGACAUUUUUCAGCUUGUUUGGGAAAUAGUUUAAUUAUUGACUUGAGUACAGCAUAUACCUGGUUUUUUAUCACUAAGUUCAGUGGCUCCUCUCUGUAAUUUCUAUUCACAUGUUAUUUAUUUGUCUGCUUAGAGCUCUAAGAUCACCCCACCACCUUAGCUGACAACAGUGGAUGGGGCAGCAUGAGUAGUGUGUGCACUGUUAUUGUCUGACGUGUCAUUCAGACUUAUAAAACAAAAAAUGUACAAUUUAGAAUUGGAAACAGCUGCUUUGCGGUUGCUCGUGUGGAAAACCCUAGCACCAUAAUUGAUCUGUUUUUAUUGGCUUCAUUAACUGAUGAGCAACUUUGCUCCAUUAUCGUGCCUCAAUCAUAUUUUCACACCAUCUUGACCUUGGAGCCACUGUUCUUGUCUGUUGGCUGCUGUUUUACUCAAGGCCAAGAACUGUGUUGAUCUUUGAUGAUUUGAUAUUGUUCAGUUGAGCCUUUCUGGUGUUGUAUGUGUGAUCAAUAAGCUUUUCAACAAGUUACACAAUAAAUGUAUGUAUGUGGCAUCUCAA